AUUGGAUAUUUGGAUCCUUCCCGUUUGGUGCCUUCUUGCCCCCCACGGAGAUUCUUGCAAUCUCUGCUGCUUCUCCUGCUGUUCAUGCAUGACCUCUCCUUCCUGAUAACUUCUCCUUGGCUCCCUCACCCGGCUCCGCCUGGGGAUCCCGCUAGCUUCUGGUCUGUGCCGGCAUCUCGAUGCUGGGGUUACCAACAAUCUUGCAUUUAUUUUUCCCUAACUGAUUUGGUUUUGAGUUCUAUGAUGAUUCUUUUUUUUCCGUCUUUGUUUUCUGAAAAUUUACCAUCUUUUCCUGCCUUCUCGAUUCGGUUCUUGGAUUUUGAGGCUGGUCUCCUCGGUUCUUGAGCUGCUUCAUUUCGCCUGCCAUUUCUUUAUGUUUUUGCUGCUGAAGACUUUUCCUCCUCACUUCUUUAAUCCUCACUGACCGUCGUCGGCCCUUCGAUUUAUUUCGCGUUGGUGGCUCGGUUCGGUGCUUAACUACAUCCACCCCGGAGAACAUCGGACGGAGCAUUUGAGGUGGUUGCCUGCCCAACCAAGCUCUCUCAGCAGCUCCGGCCUCUGACUUUCUCGGGAGGAGGAGGCGCAGCAGCGCGGGCACCAUGAUGAGCUUCAGGAGCCACGAGGGGUUCGGGCAGGUCCCCGCCGGCGCCAGCUCCAACGGACCCGCGGUGCCGUGGUGGGCGCCGGCGCCUCAGCUGCUGCUGUACGGCGAGGCGCUGGGCCAGGGGAAGGUGCCGCCGGAGGCGUCGCCGUGCCGGGAGGCCCGGUUCCAGGUCGCGCCGGGAGCGCAGGCGCCGCUGGGUCCUCCGGUGCCGCCGCCGCCGCCAGCGAAGGCUGCUGCCGAGAGGGGCCUCCCCGAAGUCCUCAAGUUCUCCGUGGCGCAAGGUAAAGGGGAGAAAGGUUCUGGGCACUCUGCCACUGCUGCUUUGCCAUCCCCAUUCGCGAUCUACAAUGGUCAUUUUGAGCUGGGCCUUGGUCAAUCUACGGUUUCUGCUAAUAAUCUUUAUGUUGACCAACACUGUGGCCUGCUUUCUCCCUAUCCAAUGGGAGCAACGCCCGGAGGGUGCAUGCGAAUACCACUGAAUAUGCCAACAGAAGCACCAAUUUAUGUGAAUGCUAAGCAAUAUGAAGGCAUUCUUCGUCGACGCCGUGCCCGUGCCAAAGCAGAGAGGGAAAAUAGGCUGGUGAAAGCUAGGAAGCCAUAUCUCCACGAGUCUCGCCAUCUGCAUGCACUGCGUCGCGCAAGAGGCUCUGGUGGGCGUUUUCUGAACACAAAGAAAGAGUCCAAUUCGAAGGAUGCUGUUGGAGAUGGCAAGGCAAUGUUCAGCAAUCCGCUUAUGCGCCAGGUGGCAUCUCCAAGUUCAGAGAUCCAGCAGUCAGACCUGGGCAACCCGAGCAGCGUCUCCAGUCUGUCAGGCUCAGAGGUGUCAAGCAUAUAUGAUCAUGAAGAUGUGGAUCACUACCACAGCUUUGAUCACCUCCGCACUCCGUUUUUCACCCCGCUCCCGAGCAUCAUGGACAGUGAACAUGGGGUCGGUAUCCCCUUCAAGUGGCCAACAGCCUCUGAAGGCUGUUGUGACCUCCUCAGAGCAUGACUAGAGGGGUUACUGGACAGCCGAAUGCUAGGAACUGGCGACAACCAGCAGAUGCUGCUGGGUGUUACCAGCUCCGGGUCAGGGAUUGUCCCUCCCAUCGUUUGGCUGUCGGUAGGCAAUUCAUUCUUGGCUGAAGGCAUUGUGGUUAUUUCCUCUUAUCGCCUAAUUCUCCUAGAUAUUCUAUUUCUGGGAUCUUGUGAUGAGUGGAACACCCGUGCCCCCAAAAAUGCUGGUAGUACUAGCUUCCAGCAUCAAACUCGUUUUGCGCGAGCAGGUUUCAGUGUUGUUUUUCUGAAUAAAGCUUGAAACUUCAGACUAGGUACUGGAAGUGGAGUAUAUUUCUGAGUCUGAUUGUGUGUCAAGACUUGGCUUUUGUUAGUGAUGAAUUGUGGUGUGCUUGAAGCUUGUGUGGACAUGGUUUGUAAUAUGUGGUGUGUUGAAAGCUUGAACUCAGUAAUGUAAUGAUGUAUUUGACUACUGAGACUUUGGGCUUGGUUUGUACUUUGUGCUCCAUGUCUCAGUGCUA